ACCAAAAAAAAAUAGAAAAUUAAAGACACACAUGCAUGAUUCAUGCAUUUUCCAGGACAAAAAGGACAAGGGAAUACUGUUUAGGAUCUUUUUGAAGUAUAUACUAUUGGGAAUUAAUUUAGAAGUAUGUAAGAGACAAUUGGUCAAACUCAAAUUCUAGCUUUUAAUUAAGUUGAUUUUGGCUUGUUAACAGAACUUAUGGAAGUACUCAGCUUUAAUUUUGGAGUUUCAGCGAACGUCAAACGAUUCUCCAGAAUCAUUAUGCAGCAAAUUCCUCAAAUAUUCAUAUUUACAUCCCCUCUUUAAAGAAUUUGUAAUCACAAUGACAGAUAGCUGCAACAGACUUGCAGUUGGAAGGGACAAAAUCGAUAGACUAUCGGAUCUUCCUAUUAAUGUCAUGCACCAGAUCCAGGAUCACAUGUCUAUCGAAGAUGCUGCAAAAAUGAGUAUUUUGUCUAGUACGUGGAAAUAUGCUUGGGCUUCAAACCCGAAGCUCGUAUUUGAUACACCGUUUUGCACAAAGAGAAUGGCGUCAAACACAAUAGACAUCAUUAGUACAAUUCUGUUGCAGCAUCAUGGAGCCAUUAAGAUAUUCCUCGUAGAUAUUUCAGUUAUACAUUCUUCUCAGCACUCAGUUAUCGAUCAAUGGAUGCUAUUUUUGUCAACAAACGGUCUCGUGGAUCUCACUCUUCGGAAUCAAAACAAUGUCAAUGCACCUUAUGAAUUGCCUUCCUAUCUGUACAGUGUAGGACUAGAACGUUUGGUCCUGUCGAACUGCAUUUUCAGGCCGGCUUGCAGUUUCAGGGGUUUCCACAAACUCAAAACACUUUUACUAAAGCGAGUUGCUUUUGAAUUAGUCGCUGCAACUUCUUCCCUGUGGAUGCCAAACCUUGAGAGAUUGCGUUUUACGCAAUGUAGUGGUUUUGGUUUCUUGAAUAUAUAUGCCCCAAACCUUUUUUGUUUAUGUUUCUAUGGUUGUGGCAAUGACACCCUAAAAUUGAGUCCUUUUAUGGAAUGCACGAAGCUGAAGAUAGUUGCAAUUGAAUCACACGACGAAGUUUCAUUAAACAGACAAGAUAAAACAAUGAAAUUGACAAAUCUUCUCAGCAGCUGGCCAAACCUUAGUCAUCUUAUUUUGGGCAGAUACUUCCUCAAGUUUUUUGCUUCUGGUACUGGAGCAGAGAGUCUUCCCACGCGCCUCACCAGAUUGCGAUGUCUCUAUUUAUCUGAUUGUGAUUUUGACCGUGAAGAUCAAAUAUCUCCGCUUCUAAGCAUUCUUAGAAGUUCUCCCAAUUUAGAAAUACUUCAAAUUCUGUCGGGCCAGAGGAAUAAAUGCGACAUGGAAAUGGAUGUAAAUCUUAUUGAAGAACAAGACGAUAGGGCACAAGGACGACUCAAUAACCUUCAAAUGUUGCUAAUAAAAAAUUUCCAUGGUUCAAGAAUUGAAGUGCGGUUUGUAAGGUUCAUUCUUGGCUCUACUCCUUUACUCCGGAAAGCUAUCCUUUUGGUAGAUACAAAUGUUAAUGAAAGACAAUACUUGAAGAUCUCAGAGGAGUUGAUGCAGUUCCCUCGGGCAUCUCCUAGAUCGAAAAUUGUAUUCCGACCGUGCUCAAAAGAACAAGGCAGGUCUUCAAUGCCAUGUUGUUGAGAUGGCCGGAAUCAGAGGUGGAACCAAGAUUUGAAGUUUAUGGGUUCAGGAAUCUGGUCUGUUUAAGUUAUUGGAUUCUAAAUUAAUAAGUUGUACAUAUUCGAUGAGUUUCUUAAAACAAAUACAUGGUUUGGGACAAAAGCUAGUGAAUUCGGUCGAACCUGUAAUAGUGUUCUAGCUCCGUCCCUGGCUGGAACCCCUUUCUUGCUCUUCAUCGUCAUCUUGCCUUCUGUUCUAUAUGUUUGAAUGACUAGUGUACAGGAUCCUUUAUUUUGUUA